AUGACGAAUUACGGUAUACAACAAUUCUGUAGACAUUUUUACCAGUUAUCUGUGAUAAUUUUUUUAAAUUUUGGCUCUAAAUUAUUUUCAACUAUUUAAUGAUUAACCGUUGUCUAUUACACCCGACUUCGUGGGUUUUGCACUUUUUUAAAUUUAAGAAAAAUGGCUACAUCAAUAGAAGAUGCUGUAUCAGUGUCAAAGAUUAUUUAUCAAACCCGUUCACGCAAGAAUGAAAAAAAACCCGAAGAUUCAAAUGACAACAAAGAAGAUACAUCAUUAUUAAAAAAAAUGGUUAAACAAAAGAUAAAGAUUGAGACCAUGGAUCAUACCGAAAUUAUGUCAUCAAAAAAAUCUAAGAAACCUAAUCAACCUACCACAAAAAUAGAAGAUCCGAAAAUGUGUUUUACGUGUGAUGUUUGUAAUGCAUCAUUUACUCAAAAACAUCAUAUAGUUAGACAUUGUAGAAUCCAUACAAGCGAAAAACCAUUUUCGUGUGAUGUUUGUUGUAAAACAUUUAGGGACCAAUCUAAUUUGCAAAAUCACCUAAAUACUCACACCGAAGAAAAACGUUUCCAGUGCUUUAAUUGUGGUAAAAAGUUUAGGAAAAAUUAUAAUUUACUUGUUCACUAUAGAACACAUUCUCGUGAAAAACCAUACAAGUGUAAUGAAUGUAUAUUGUCGUACAUGACUAAUGGAAAUCUUACAAGACAUAUAAGUAUAAAACAUCCAUAAUAUUUUUAAAUUUAUUAUAAUUACUAAUGUUGUUGUAAGUUAUGAUGUACCUGCCGCUUCCAAUUUAUCACUUCUGAAUUAUUAUUUUUGUAAGCCUAACUAUCAAUAAAUAUAUAAUUUUAAAUACA